ACUCCUCGUUUGGCGAACAGGAUCAAGGUUCAUGUUUACCAGUGCUCUUAGGUAUUGGUUCCGUGCUUCAAUUUGCUAUUUAAUACAGUCCAUAAUGACAUUUGCCUAUCAACCAUUUUUUUGACCUUUAGGCCAGCGUGAUAUUAGUUUGUUUUUCUUUUUCAGGAAAGUACUAGCUCAAAGCGAAAUGCUCGUACUGAAAGACCGGGAGCUGAAGGAAACGCGGAACCUGUAUACUGCAGUCAAAGAUAUGCUGGCCUUGCAGCCUAGUCCAGAGAUUCAGAUAACAUUGAAUCGUACGCAACGGGCCCUGACAAAUAGGACCACGAAGAUGAAGUGCUUAAUCGCAGAGCUAAGCAUGCGUGAACGGCAAGUGAACGACCAACGCUUAGAGCUGGAUCGUGUCAACAGCGAACUACACUCCUACAAACAGAAAUAUUUCGAGAUGAAGAGAGCAUUGGACGCUGAUGAAGCAAGGAGGUUGAAGGUCGCAACGCCACCGUCAGCCGUGAUAUCAAAACAGGCAGUGGUUCUUCAGUAAAGUUAGUAAUCCCGCCUAUUACAUAUAACCGUUGAAAAAUCAGGGAUAGACAAUAACUUUAAGUUUAUUCAUUGUUUUAUUACCAAAAAACCGAGGUUUUAUGUGGAAGUACUCGAUUGCCAAAUUAUAAUCUUGAAACUUCUAAGAAAACCUUUUGAUUGAAACUAACGGUUGUGGUUGUUACUGUGUGUAACUAUGUAUUUAUUAACUGACUCCCGAUGGAAAAUGAAUACUUGAACACAUCGCAUUUUUUUUUGUAAAUGGGAAUAUUUCCCAUUCAUACGCCUUUACAAGUGUGGUACUACACAAGUACUACUGUACGAGCGACCCAGAUUUUAACGUAUUUUUUUUAAUCCAUCGCACUGUCAUUUCUUGAGCUACCUAUAAUAUAAAAUGAAAGAGAUAAUCGGACUUAGCAACUAGAUUGCAACAAAUAUACCGAAUUUAUAAAAGGCGAAUUGCUUGAGGUUUUCUUACAAAAAUGUCUGUAGUGACGAUUUUAAUUAUAUCAAGUUUAUAGUUCGUUGUAGCAUCGACAUAUUAAUUUAUUUGUUAGGGAUAAUAAUAUUCACUUAUGUGCCAAUUUAUACAUACGAUCUCAAUACUGCAUGAAAUGUUAUAUUUGUAAAACUAUUUGUUUUUAAAGUUACAAAUGCAAAAUAUAUUGCUAGUAAAUAUUCUUUCUAACUUAUAAAAUGUGCAAUAAGUAAAGAAAGCAGUGGUCGAUAUAUAUCAUAAUAGUUAUGUAU